AUGUCAAUGCGAAACAACAAUUUUUACAAUAAUAAUCAACAGUACCCACAGCAGCAACAGCAGCAGUUUGGUCAGCAAGGUGCUGGUUGGUCUAAUUCCGGCUUCAGAAAUCAACAACAAGCAGCAUAUCAAAUGGGCUCAUACAAUCAACCCAAACAGCAACAAAUUAUGUAUAGUGGUAUGAAUUAUUAUGGGCAGCCUGCUCAAAUGCAACAGCAAAAUCCUCAAUUUGGAAAUUUCAAUCAAAACCCUUUACAACAACCUCAGCGUCAAGCUCCGCAAAUGCAACAAGCACAACAGCAAACAUUCGGAAAUUACAACCAACGCGCAAAUGUUCCUCAGCAACAAAUGCAUUUCAAUGAAUUUAAUACAAACUUCGGAAGGAAUCAAAACCAGCGAAAUAUACAAUCGCCACAACGUACACAACCAGUUCAGCAGCAAGGUUUUAAUACAUAUCAGCAAUAUCCGCAAACACAAUCUCCGAUGACAAAUUCUCCUCAGAAUUUUGGUGAUUUCGGCGCAUUCUCAUCACCGCAGAAGCAAAAUACGAACGCAUCUGCAUUCCAGAUGUUCAAUGCCUACGAAGAACCAAAACCUCAAACAAAUCAGCCACAACCACAACAGCAACAUCCACAAUACAUGGUUGUCAAAUCGGCCGAUAACAAAGAUGCUCGAAGUUUCUUUAGUAACGACGAAGAACCAAAGAAACCAUCAACAUUACAACAAUCACCACAAAAUCAGCCACAAAUGAUGCAACAACAACAACAGACACAAUUCCAAGGAUUUGGUGGAUAUGAAACUCCUAAAAAGCCAGCAAUUCCUCAAACUGCAACAUCUCCAAAACCACAAGCACAACAACAACAAUUUGGAGACUUUGGAACAUUUAAUACCCAACAAAAACCAUCUCCUCAACAACAGAACUUUGGAGAUUUUAAUGCUUUUUCAUCUCCUCAAAAACCUCAACAAACUCAACAGCAAUCACAGCCACAGUUUGGUGACUUUGGUUCAUUUAAUUCUCCACAGAAACCUCAACAACAAAUUCCAUCUCAAAAUCAAAAUAACUUUGGAGAUUUCGGAUCAUUUGGUACUCAACAACCAAAACAACCAAAUCAACAACAAACACAACAAAUUCAACAACCACAGUUUGGAGAUUUCGGAAACUUCAAUUCUCAACAACCAAAACAAAAUCAACAACCUGUUCAAGCGCCAGCUUCACAACAAAACCAGCCGCAAUUUGGAGAUUUUGGAAAUUUCAAUGCUCAACAACCUAAACAAACAAAUCAACCAAAUCAACAACAACAACCAGUUCAAUCACCAGCUUCACAACCACAAUUUGGAGAUUUAGGAAAUUUCAAUGCUCAACCAAAGCAACAAACACAACAACAACCAGUUCAAGCUCCAGCUUCACAGCAAAAUCAGGCACAAUUUGGAGAUUUUGGAAAUUUCCAACAGCCAAAACAAAGUCAACAACCUGUUCAACAAAAUCAGCAACAAUUUGGAAACUUUAAUAAUUUCAAUAAUCAGCCAAAACCCGUUCAAUCUCAACAACAACCACAAUUUGGUGACUUUGGAGGAUUCAGCACACAACAACAAAAUCAACCAGUUCAAUCACAACCAAAUCAGCCACAAUUUGGAGAUUUUGGAAACUUCAAUUCUCAACAACAAAAUCAACAACAGUUUGGAGAUUUCGGAGCAUUUAAUUCGACACAGACUCCAAAACAGAGUCAAGGAUUUGGAGAUUUAAGUUCAUUUACAACACCAAAACAAAUUCCAAACAAUUCAGAACAAAUAACUCAACAAAAACAAAUAGUUACAUACUCUCCACCAGCAAAAUCACAUGAUUUGAAAGAAGCACGCGAUUUCUUUGGAUCAUUAAAGGAAGAGAAAGAAGAAGAAAAAGAAGAAACAAACAAUACAUCAACUGAAGAACAAAAUAAUUCUAAUCCACAAGUAAAUGCAUCAUUUAAUGAACAAAAGAAUUCAUCACAAAAUAUUGGAACUUUUCCUGCUUUUAAUGAACAAAAUAAUUCUACAUUUGGUGAACAAAAGAAGACAGAAACUAAUUCAUUUUCUGGAUUUGAUCAACAAAAUAAUUCUACAUUUGGAACAUUUGAUCAACCAAAAUCAAAUUCAGGAAAUGUAACUCCUUCUUUCGGAUCAUUUGAUGAACCAAAGAAAUCCAAUUCAUCAAACACAGGAAAUGCAACAUUUUCUCCUUCAUUUGGUCAACAAAAUAAUUCAUCACAAAAUGUUGGAACAUUCCCUGUUUUUGAUGAACCAAAGAAAUCCAAUUCUAAUUCAGGAAAUGCUUCAUUUGGAACAUUUGAAGAACCGAAGAAGACAGAAUCAAAUAAUGCUUCAUUUGGAACAUUCCCUGCUUUUGAUGAACCGAAGAAGAACACAUCUAAUUCAGGAAAUGUUUCAUUUACUCCAGCAUUUAAUGAACAAAAGAAUUCAUCACAAAGUGUUGGAACAUUCCCUGCUUUUGAUGAACCAAAGAAGACAGAACAAAGUUCUUCCACUUCUUUUGGUGGAUUUGGAACAUUUACUCCUUCAUUUGAAGAACCGAAGAAGAAUCCAUCAAAUUCAGGAAAUGCAUCAUUUGGAGGAUUUGAUCAACCAAAAUCAAAUACACCAGGAUUUGGAACAUUCCCUGCCUUUGAUGAACCAAAGAAAUCUAAUUCAUCAAAUACAGGAAAUGCAACAUUUUCUCCUUCAUUUGAUCAACAAACAGUUGGAACAUUCCCUGCUUUUGAUGAACCUAAAAAGAACACAUCUAAUUCAGGAAAUGCUUCAUUUGGAACAUUUGAAGAACCAAAGAAGACAGAAUCAAAUAAUGCUUCAUUUGGAACAUUCCCUGCUUUUGAAGAACAAAAGAAACAACCAUCUCCAUCAUUUGGUGGAUUUGAUUCAUUCCCUUCAUUUGGUGUUCAACAACAAGAAAAAGAAAAACCUAAAUCAGUUGGUGGAAGUGCAAAUAUCAGAGAUUUAUUUGGUUCAUUUAAUGAAGUGAAACAAGAAUCAACAACAGAAGAAAAUAAAGAAGAACCUAAACAAGAAGAAAUUUCAACACCAAAACAAAAAGAAAAUAAAGAAGAAAAAUCAUCAUCAAAGUCAGGAUUUGCUGAUUUUGGCGGAUUUGGAACAUUUGAGCAACCAAAACAAGAAGAAAAUAAAUCUAAUUCCAAAUCAGGAUUUGCUGAUUUUGGAUCAUUUGAUCAACCAAAGCAAGAUGAAAACAAAUCAGGAUCUAAAUCUGGAUUUGCUGACUUUGGUGGCUUUGGAUCAUUUGAUUCAACUCCAAAGACAGAAGAGAAUUCUUCGUCUAAAUCAGGAUUUGCUGAUUUCAAAGGAUUCGAAGAAUCAAAUAACUCUGGAUCUAAAUCAGGAUUUGCUGACUUUGGUUCAUUCGAUCAACCAAAACCAGAAGAGAAGAAAGAAGAAAAAUCAUCAUCCAAAUCUGGCUUUGCUGAUUUUGGCGGAUUUGGAUCAUUUGAUCAACCAAAACAAGAAUCAACCAAAUCUGGAUCUAAAUCAGGAUUUGCAGACUUUGGUUCAUUUGAAGCUACUCCUAAACAAGAAGAAAAGAAAGAACAGAAAUCAUCAUCAAAAUCAGGAUUUGCUGAUUUCGGAUCAUUUGAUCAACCAAAACAAGAAGAAAAUAAGUCUUCUUCAAAGUCUGGCUUCGCUUAUUUCGGAGGAUUUGAUACAACUCCUAAAUCAGAAGAGAAAUCAACAUCCAAAUCAGGAUUUGCAGAUUUUGGUUCAUUUGAUCAACCAAAGAAUGAAGAAAACAAAUCAGGAUCUAAAUCAGGAUUUGCAGAUUUUGGUUCAUUUGAUUCAACUCCAAAGACAGAAGAGAAAUCUUCGUCUAAAUCAGGAUUUGCUGAUUUCAAAGGAUUCGAAGAAUCAAAUAACUCUGGAUCUAAAUCCGGAUUUGCUGACUUUGGUUCAUUCGAUCAACCAAAGCAAGAAGAAAAGAAAGAAGAAAAAUCAUCAUCCAAAUCUGGUUUUGCAGAUUUUGGCGGAUUUGGAUCAUUUGAUCAACCAAAACAAGAAGAAAAUAAAUCUUCUUCAAAGUCAGGUUUCGCUGAUUUCGGAGGAUUUGAUACAACUCCUAAAUCAGAAGAAAAAUCAACAUCCAAAUCAGGAUUUGCAGAUUUUGGUUCAUUUGAUCAACCAAAGAAUGAAGAAAACAAAUCAGGAUCUAAGUCAGGAUUUGCCGACUUUGGCGGAUUUGGCUCAUUUGAAUCAGCUCCAAAACAAGAAGAAGAGAAAUCAGAAAAGAAGCAGAAUUCUUCAGCAGAUUUCUCAGUUUUUGGUUCAUUUGAUCAACCAAAGAAUGAAGAAAACAAAUCUAAUUCUAAAUCCGGAUUUGCAGAUUUUGGAAGCUUUGGAACAUUUGAAUCAACUACAAAGACAGAAGAUAAAUCAACAUUUUCCAAUUUCGGAACAUUCGAUCAACCGAAGAAAGUUGACGAAAAACCGAAAUCCAAUUUCACUGAUUUUGGAGGAUUUGGCACAACCGAAACAACAACAAAACAAGAAGAAAACAAAACAACAAACAAACCAAGCUUUUCAACAAUUUCUGAAGAAAAUAAAUCAAACAAAGUUCUUCCAAGAUCAACUGCUUCUCUUCCAACAUUUGACACUAAUUCUAUUGAAGAAAAUAGAAACAAAGAUAAAGAUAAAGAGAAAGAAUCAAGUAACAUUAACAAUUUCGAUAAUUCAUCAUUUGCUACAUUUGAAGAUCAACAAAGUCUUGAACAUCGAUCUAAAUCCAGUUCUGGUUUCUUCUCUUCAUUUGAAACUGAACCAAAAUCAAAUGAACAAAAGACUUUUGACACAUUUUCACCAUUUGCUGAUGUUAGUUCGGAAGAAAAGAACAAGCACAACUUUAUUGAUACAGAUGAAGAACCACCACUGAGAACACCAUCAUCAGACAACAAACAAGAAACAAAUAAUAAUAAUCAAGAACAAAAGAAAACAUUUGUUUUUCAUGAUUUUGGAUCUAAAUCUAAUUCAGCAGUUGUUGAACCAAUUUCUUCUGAUUCUACUAUUUUUGAAUCAUUUAUUCCAGCAAAUAUCGAUGAAGAAGUAUCUGAAGAACCAACAGAAUCAUUCCCAGAAGAGAUCUGUCCAACACCCGACAUUUUCGGUGUUACAAGUUCAUUUGGUGUUUUGAUCAAACCAGAAAAUAUCAGUCCUCGAGAUCCUGUUCCUGUUGUUUCUCAUGUUGUUAAUAUUACCGAAUCCAAAUCUUAUAAUGUUAUUUCUAAUUACUGCAAAACAUUUGUGAAUUAUUAA